AUGGUGUUUCCCUGGCAAUCACAGAAUAAUGUCAUUCAUCCCGGAACAUCGAGCCGAUUACUUGUGGCUUCUACAUUUCUUCUUUGGACAUUCGCCUUUGGAACCAGAUGCUGUGAUGCAACCGCUACCGAUAUUGCUCUCGAUGCCAAGGCAACAUUGACUCACAGAAUUGACAGUCUAAAUCUUUUGGUUUACACCUUCCUGCUUACCUUGACUGUUCUAACGAUAUGGCUCUUCAAACACCAUCGAGUUUCCUGGCUCCACGAGACAGGCCUUGCUGUGAUAUAUGGACUUAUUGUUGGAGCCGCUAUACGAUAUUCGGGUUCAUCAACGCCAUUAGUACACUUGGAAGUUGAGCCGGAACGAAAUACAACUUUCAAUCAAACAUUGCCGCCGGAUACCCUGUGGUUAAAAUUUCCAGGAAAGUUAACUCCAAAUGGCAGUGAUCCCAUUGAAAAUAAAACCUAUGCCUACACUUUCCGAAGCCAAGUUUACGAUGUAGUUGAAAAUGAAAUAGAUUUAAAAGCUACAUUUGAUCCUGAAAUAUUUUUCAAUAUCAUUUUACCACCAAUAAUAUUUCAUGCUGGCUACAGUUUAAAAAAGAAAUAUUUUUUCCGCAAUUUGGGUGCAAUUCUAACAUUUGCUAUACUCGGUACAACAUUAUCGGCCUUCCUAAUCGGUGCCCUUAUGUACGGUUUUGUGAAACUGAUGCCAACAUACUUGAGUAGCAGUUUCACAUUUCUGGACACGCUGUAUUUCGGAGCGCUGAUAUCACCAACAGAUCCACUAACAAUUCUGGCGAUUUUUCACGACUUGAACGUUGAUGUGAACUUGUAUGCAUUGGUGUUUGGUGAAUCUGUUUUAAAUGAUGCGGUUGCCAUUGUGUUGAGUGGAGCCAUUCAAAAUUAUGGAGAGCAUUACUCCAGUACUGGAGAAUUUGAAACGUAUGCCUUCUUUAGGGCUUUAAGCGACUUUUUUGGUAUAUUCAUGCUGUCAUUACUUAUCGGAGCACUAAUGGGCUGUUUUACAGCAUUGUUGACCAAAUUUACUCGGGUUCGAGAUUUUCCCCUGCUGGAGUCUGCGCUUUUUGUUCUGAUGUCAUACAGUACCUUCUUAAUAGCAGAGGCAUCCGAACUCACUGGUGUUGUUGCUGUCUUGUUCUGUGGGAUAUGCCAGGCUCAUUACACAUUCAAUAAUUUAUCUGAAAAUUCCCGGACGCGCACUAAGGAAAUAUUUGAACUUUUAAAUUUUCUGGCGGAGAAUUUCAUAUUUUCCUACAUUGGAGUGUCCAUGUUUACAUUUCCUAAACACCAUUUCGAUGCCGUUUUCAUUAUAACUGGAUUUAUAUGUGCGGCCAUUGGUAGAGCUGUGAACAUUUAUCCUUUGUCAUGGCUAUUAAAUUUAAAUCGCAAACCAAAAAUUUCCACAAAUUUCCAGCAUAUGUUAUUUUUUGCCGGUUUACGAGGUGCUAUGUCCUUUGCGCUGGCUAUACGCAACACAUUAUCAGAGGCUAGACAGACGAUGUUGACAGCAACAUCUCUAAUUGUAAUUUUCACAGUUGUCAUUCAAGGUGGCGCUGCAAACUUUUUCCUCAAUUGGCUUCAAAUACCAGUGGGUGUUGAUGAAGAAAUUGAACAGUUGAAUAACUAUCAUGUGCGCAGUGUGACAUCAGAAGAUAAUGCUGGCAACACCAAACGUAAUGAAAAAGCCGUUCUUGCCAGAUUGUGGGGUAGCUUUGACACUAAGUAUAUGAAACCACUGUUGACACACUCUAGACCUACAUUGUUGGAAACGUUGCCAGUUUGUUGUAAUCCUGUAGCUCGUCUAUUGACAACGACUGAGCAGCUAACACAGGAUGGUGAUUUGCGGCGUACAGACUCAGAUUCGGACAUAUGCAUAGAUGAUAGUGAUUUAAGCCGAAAUCGAAGUGGAAGCGGUGGUGGUGGUUCUACUACCAUGUGUUCGGGAGAUCCACGUCGCAACUCCAUCAAUCGUGUAAGUAUAAAGUUUGUGGCAAAUAAUCGUAGUACAUUUGCUAGUUACAGGAACUGUGAUUAA